UUGAGGUUGUAUUUAUUAGUGACAUAUACACAUACUUAUGUAUGUAUGUACAUAGAGGACUAUUUACAUUGCUUAAAUAACUCUGUUGUGAAAAAGCCUUUUUUUUUGCUGAGCGAAAAGUUUUGCCUGAAAUGACAUGGAUCAUGGACUAAAGAGAUGUUCAUAAAAGUGACAAAAGAAGUAAAUAAUAAGAAAUAAAACUUGAUACAUGUAAUGGAAUAAUUGUUACAUAUUGUACUUUUUUCUGUGAACAUAAUAUUUUCGUGACAUGGAUGCGCGUGCGCGUGCAUUCAUUUAUAUACAAGUGUGUAUCUAUUUACAUACAUAAUUAUGUGUGGGAGCAGGUUCCGUAAACAUAUACAUGCAUAUAUAUUUAUACGAUGUGCACAAUAAUAUGAACGAGCAAAAUUCAAAUUAGAACAAUUAAGUGGCGCCGCUGCCAAUCCUUAGCAUUUGUUGUCUGUGCUACAAAAAUGUUGCGUUGCAAAAUUACUUUCACCAAGUCACAUUUGCUGGUCAAGUGGGGCAAACUAUAAGGACGUCACACAGCAAUUACUGUUUGAGCAUAGCCAAUUAAUUGUUACACAGAUCGUUCAAAAUGAGUUUAAAACAUCUCGGCUGAAAGCAAAAUAGUUCACAAUACAGCUGUGCACUUAAUCGCACAUUAAGUGGUUGAUUUCUGACCGUGCGUUGGUGGUGUGCAAUAAAAGAAAAAGAACAAAAAAAAACAAGUUGUUAUCAAAGUCUAUGUUAAAUGCGCCAUGUUAUCUACACCUUCAUCGUCUAAUGGAACGCCUGCAACGGAACCUUCGAACCGGGACUACCAUAAACAGAAUAUGAUAAUUUCAACUACCACAGCCAUAGUUCCCAGCAACAGUAUAGGCCUCCAUCAGUAUCAGCUGACGUUUACAAAACUCAACAAAUUAUCGGAUGGUUCGUUGGACUCGUUAGGUGUUGAUGCCUCUGAAACGAGCACAUCUAUUACUACACCACACUCGAUGCUAAAUCCUCCCUCAUGCUUGACAACAUGCAGUAAGGCUCCACCUGUUAGAGCGGCCGUCCACCAACAGCAACGUCAUUAUGUGUUGCAAAAGCAGGCAUCCAAUUACCGCUGUUCUAACUCCAAUGAGUUGGCGCAACGACAGCAUGUACAUACUUCGAUUUCGUCUGCCCCAUCAACUUCGGUUACUUCAUCGUUGGAGGAACCAACAUCUUCGUGCAGUACAACCACUAAAGGGAACGGAACUCCAUUGAUUACACUGAAGAUGACACGGACUAUUCCAUCUGACAAAAUCAACUUGCGAUUGAUUCUAGUAAGCGGUAAAACAAAAGAAUUUAUAUUUAGUCCAUCAGAUUCUGCCGGUGAUAUUGCUCAAACCGUUUUCGAAAAUUGGCCUGCAGAUUGGGCGCAAGAAGCUGUUUCUAAAUCAGAAAUCUUACGGUUAAUUUAUCAAGGCCGCUUUUUACAUUGCAAUGUAACGUUGGGUGCAUUAGGACUUCCACUAGGCAAAACGACUGUUAUGCACUUAGUACCGCGUGAUAAUUUACCAGAGCCCAAUUCGCAAGAUCAAAGGCAGAAGAGUAAAAGUGGAUCGGGGCGUUGCUGUUCUACAACAUGCUGUAUUUUGUAACUACCUUAUCUUUUAGUUGUACAUGUAUAUCGUUAAUUAAAUAAAAUGUAACAACUUGACAACAAUA